AUGGUGCGACAAAUUAUAAUUGAUCAUGUUGGUAACAUUAAUAGUGAUCUUUCAUCAAUAGGAUCAUCUGAAAAUGGGUUAUUCUUUUUAGUGAUGAUUGUGGUAUCUGUUUCUAUUAUAUCAAUGGUCAUAUUUGUAUGUGUUGAAGCUAACUAUCCUUUUGACGAAAAAGAAGGCAAUAAUAAUCAACCUGUUGGAGGUGGAGUCGGCGGUGGCAACAUUACUAGGAGCGGAGGAGUUGGCGGUGCAGAUGCAGGUGGAGGUGGAGGUGGUGGUGGUGAUGAUGGUGGUUGUGGGUGUUUCCCUGGAUGUGAUGGUUGCGGUGACGGUGGUGAUGGUGACGGUGGUGACGGUGGUGGCGGUGGUUGUGGAGGUUGCGGAGGUUGUGGAGGUUGA